AUGCUUCAGAACACAGCUCCCAUUGACGAAGACAUUGUUACCUCUGAAGCCACAUUUGCCAUAACAUCCAAAAGCUUCACCACAUCUCACCCUAGCCCAAACACCAUACCUCAGAAUCACAUCGGCCCAGCCCUUGAGAAUGAUACUGCUACUGUUGGCCGUGUGGGGAGAGACACUUUGAUGUGGGAAAGCCACAUCAGCAUGUCGAAAGCAGCUCGUAGCAAGUCAUCUUCUAGAGAUGCACCUAGAGAAGUCUCACGCUGGGGGUCCUCUUUCAAGUCCAAAGAGGCCCCAGAAAAUGCUAAUUCCACAGCUUCUGAAGAUGCAUUGAGCAAAGGAUGUGUUAUCAAGGCGAGCUGUGCUGAAAAGAAGGCAUCUGCAACUGAGGAGACCAGCACAGUUCUUGGAAAUAUCUCUACCACGGGUGAAAAUUUCUACAAAGCUCCUAGAAAUACCGCUAUGGAUGAAAGCAACAGGGAAACUGCUGUCGACGUCACUCCUGAAAUCAGCUACACUCCGACAAUUGCCCUAGGAGAUAUUUGCAACAGGAAGUCACUUCCUGCUCCUGCAGAUAGCAAUAGCAUCACUUCUGGAGAAAGGGCUAUUGGUAGCUCAUUAUUUGGAGAUGCCUUCGGUACUGGAGACACUGCAAUUGCUGCCACUGCCUUUGGUGCCACUAUGAAUACCAGUGGUGCUCAAGUAACCUCAAGCCCUGAGGACUAUACCACUAAAGUGGGUGACAUCACCAGUUUCUGUGAUGAGUUAACCAGUGGCGCUAACCCUGUUUCUGAGCCUGGAGAGAUUUCACCCACCGCUUUUAAAGAAACGUCCCUCUCUAGUCCUGAAAACGCUGCGGUCUUCUCAGAGGGCGGCACUACCAACCUUUUCGGUGCAGAGAAUUCAGUUGUCACUACAGCAUUUUCAGCUGCUUCCCAACCACCUCCAGCUGUUGUCUUUACAAACGCCAGCCUCGCUCUUGAUUGCAACAACACAACUGCUGGUCCUGGAGAUAGUCCUACCAAUGGAAACAAAACAGGAACUGUGUCUAGAGAAGCCAACGUUUCCUCUAGUACUGCUCCAACAUCCAGAGACACCCACAAAGCCUCCACAGAUGGCAGUUUUAACACUUCUGGCAAUAUACCCACCCCUGUCCCUUUAGGGGCUGUCACAACAGACUCUGGGAACUCUGUCACCAUUCCUAGUGAGAUUGACACGUCCCUUGGGAGCAUCACGGCCACUUGUUUAGACACUGCCACCGUUAACGAGCCUUUUUUCAUUCUUCCUGGAAACGUGACCAACGUUGUCGGCAUCAUAGACACUACAACUGGUAUGUUUAAAAACAUGGCCACCAUCCACGGAAAUAUACCAGCCGCUAUUGUAGUAGAGACCAUCACCAUAGCCAACCCUUCUGAAGAAACUGCCACUAUGCCGUCUUCUGGAGGUGUCAGGGAGACACCCCUUCCUAGAGAGACAGCGAGCACGGAGUCUGAAAGUUCAACCGUUACACCUAGCUCAAUUCAUGUCCAUGAGAAUGCUAAUGCCGCUGGAUAUAUUGGUAUCAGAGAUUGUCGAGAUAACGCAAUCAGGGGAGACAGCGUUGCAACUGCUCCAGAAAAUGCCAACCAAACCGAACUCUUAGCUUCCUCUUCGAAGGGCGUCAACAUCAGCUCGAGAGAGAACCUUGGCACCUCUCUGAAAAAGACCUGCGGAGAUACCACUGCUAUGGCUCCUUUCGUUGAAAGCACUCCCAUUCCUGUUGGUACUAAAAGGACAGCAACUCCAGGAAACACACUCUCAAACAUGGCUGGGAACAUGGCCACCAUGAUCCAUGGACCCACCGUUGUCUCUGGAGAUGCCGUUAGCACCACCCCAGACAAGGACACCACCUUUAGACACAAGGACAGCAGUGAUGGUCUUGGUGACAAUGCCACCCCUGGGAAUGACACAGCCACCAUGUGCACAGAGGAAAACUGUUUUCUUCAUGAUGAUGCUAUCACCACUGUCUCCAGCAAAACCUUUGCUGCAUCCCAAGAUACCACCUUGAAUGUUCCUGGAUCUGUUACAAUUACCACUUUCUCCCAGGACACCACUGAAACAGAACUUGGGAAACCCUCAGAAACUAUAGCUGACAAAACCGCUAUAGCUUCUGGUAACAUCACCACUAGCCAUGAAAAAACUGCUAGCACUGGUGUCAUUAUUCCUACAAAUAUUUCCAGGAGUGAACCUGCCAGAGAGGCCACUACUAGAUACACAACCAUCACACUGGAUGACCAAUGUGCUCUUGCUCUUCAGAGCACCGGUGUUGCAACUCCUGAAGAAGCCACCGUCCCAAGGACUUCUAUGGUAUCUAGAGAGGCAGCUACAAUUCAUUUAGAGAAUGUCACUGCCACUGCGACCACCUCUACUGCUUCUGAGGACGCUUCUAUCACCUCUGCAGAUGCUACUGCCUCCAUUGGAAAAAAUACUAUAGACAUUGUUUCUGGAGAUGUCUCCAGUGCAGCACAGGACAGAAAUCUGAAUGCCAGUACUAUUGCUGGUGACAGCAAAGCCCCUUCAGAUGCUACCAUGGCUGUUCCUGGGGUUGCCACACCAAACCCUGGGUCUUUUACUAACAGUUCUUUGCUCUCCACAGUAAUUGAAAAUGUUGCUGCAGAAGACACUACCACCAAGGACACACCUGGCUCUUUGCUAAUCAACACAACUAAGAGCAGAGACACCUCCUCUGACACUCCAGAGGAGAUGUGCUAUGGAGACAGAGUUGAUUCUGUGUACAGUGAGACCACCACAAUCAGGGGGCAUAUGCCUACCCCUAGUUUAUCAUUCUCAGCUGGAACUAGUAUUCAAGAGGCCAACACAAGUCCAGGAGAUACCACCCCUGCCUUUAGCUGCACCACCAAAAUUCCAGAGGGUGAACACCUUGUGGGGACAGUUAACUCUGUGCACAAUGAGAUGCUCCUCUUCCUUGAGCAGGCAUCCGGUAGGAAAACAACCGGCAGUGGACGUGUCAUCGCUGAAGCCACCGCACCAAGUGAGAGGAACCUAACAGAAAAUGCUGCUGGCUCCUCUGGAGACAAGAUAUGGAUUGAUACCCCUGGGGUGGUAGGAACCAAGAAAGGGACACCAGGCUCCAGUGCAACUAGCGGGACUUUUAAAAUAUCUGAAGUCACUACUACUGCUACCAGCGUUUUUUCUGUAUUUGCUACUGAGGACAACAACACCAUUGCAAUGUCUGUAGGCACCAACUUCAUUCCUACCACCAAAUUCAAGGAACCUACUGCUACCAAUGUCUCAGGAGAUGUUUCUCAAACCACCAUCCUUGGGGGAGAUGCUAUCACCAUCACCACCACUACCAUGGGAGCCACAGCCACAGUUACUUCCCUUAGAGAUUCUGUCAUGGCCACCCAGGCUUUUUCUGAAGAUAUUACCACUGUUUCUAGAAACAGAUCUACUAACAUCCUUCAGGAUACCCCAAAACUGGGAGAAAUGGUUACCUCAGAGGAUACUGCUGCUACUACUACUUCUCUCAGAGACAUCAGAAUUCAUUGUGAUGUCCUUACUCGGGGGACAAGUUCUUCUGCAGACACUCACAUCCUUGAAGAAACCUCUGAUCUAGCUAAGAUUAUUCCAAAAGAUGAUCUCAGCAAUGACCUUUCUGAUUACAGGACUAUAGUUACAACAAAUGUAAGCACUAGUACCAGCAAUACCUUGAGCGAUACUGUUUCUACUCCUGGUAAUGCUACUUCUGUGUUCAAGAUCACCACUAGCUCUGAUAUAAUUCCAACUUCUAGGGAUGUCCCAGCCACCAUUGUAGGUGCCAGGGUCCAGGAUCAGACCACAAUCACUGAGGCUCCCACUGUUGUCCCUGAGAUAUACUCCUUUGCUACAGGAGAAAAUGUCACCAUCGCACAAACUGUCACUGGAGAUGCCACCAUAGCUACUGUCCCACAAGGCAGAGUCACCGGUAAUGUCACCACCAUCAAUAAUCCUGAAAAUGUUGCCAAUAUAACAGUCAGCCCUGGAGAGACAGAUGAUGAUGCUUCUAAUCCAUGGGACAGAACCACUUUGGCCCUUGAAGAAAUAGUCCCCACAAUGAAGACGCCUUCCUUGGGUAAUGCAAUCAAUGUGACCACACCUCUAAGAGAAGCCAGUGCUCAUUCACACAGCUUCCCUCCUACAUUCAGCACUCUGGACAGCACUCUUUGUGGUGACGCCACUGGUCACCCAGGAGCAGUAUUCAUUCCAAACCUGGACACUAUUGCCAUACUAGGAGAUACUUCUAAGAUACCUGAGACAUGCCUUGCCUUUGACAAUUCCAUCACUCCCACCCAAUUGGUUGAUGGUACUGACCUGCCUGUUGCCACUGAAGACAAAUCUACCCCUAGAGCCACUCCCAGCAUUCCCACUUCUGAAGACCUGAGCAUCAUCACUGUUGCCCCUGAAGAAGCUACCACAGUUCCUGGAUGGGCAAAUGCCAAUGAAUAUAGAGGGGUUAUUGCUACCCCUGUCCCUGAGCGUACCCCCACCACAUCAGAUGUCAUUGCCCUUUCUUCUGGAGAUAGUACCACAGGCCUCUCUGGUAGCCAGGACAUAAUCACCACUGCCACACCCUCUGAAGAUAUCAUUGCCUCUACCACUGGAGAUAAUAUUUCUUUCUCUGAAAGCAUCGCCCCCUCUGAAGGGUCAGUUACUUCCAGGCAGAUCAGCAUGGCAGCUAUUCUUGAAGACACUGAGAUACAGAGAGAUACCUCUGGGGCAACCAGUUCCCUUGAAGAGACACCUGUCACUGAGGUGCGUUCCAUCUCCGAAAUGACCCUUACUUGUAGAGAAGGCACCAACAUCGCUCCUGAAACUACACUUCCAGAAGAUCCCCUGUUGUCCCCUAUUGCUACUGCCAUCACUCUAAGCGGUGGGACCAUCCUUUCCCAUAGUGAGACUACAUCUCUAGGGAAAUCGACAGACCUAAACUUGAGUACCAUCUCUUCAGCAGAUUCCAUCGCCAGGACUUUCACCAACCCAAGAGAGGAAGACCCUAUUUUCUCCAGGGUAAUAUCUGUCCCUUUCUCUGGAGGCACUGGGAAAGAGACUUCCACUAUUGGGACCACUCUUGCAAUUCCUGAGGCUUAUACUUCUAAGGCUACUCCUCCUCCUGAGGAGAGUCUCGUCCCUGGUGACCCCAGUGUUUCUGAAGAUACCAGUACUAGGGCAGCCACAUUUGACACUGGAAAGUCCUCCACAUCCGACGCUAACAGUGUAUUGGAAAUACAUUCCAGUUCAGAAGAAGCAGCUACCACCACCACCAGCCGUGCGUCUUUCCCUGGGAUUAUUGACGCCACACCUUGUGACAGUGAUAGACCUGGUGAGACACUUACUUCUGGGAAAGUCACCACCAUUGAUGUCCAUGGUAAGAUACCCAGUUCCAGAGCUACCACUUCUCCUAGAGAGACGUUAGUAUUUCAAGACAAUGCCACCAGUGCUUCAGGACGCCCAAACACCCCUAAAAAUAUCAGAAAUGCACCUGAAAAUUCAAUGGCCGGAGUCAGCAUUCCUGUCUCUGGAAGCCACGGUGCUGCUCUAGAUGAUCUUGUGACCACCACACUUGACAAGUCCAAUGACACCCACGCUAGAGAGUCUGCUACCAUCGAAGGGGCCCAGGCUAUCAGUUACAGAAAAAGACCUGAAGCCGAUACUAGAAGCACACCUACAGGCAUUACAAUGGUCCCAGGAGAGUCUUCCACCAUCCCUCCAGCAGAAGCACCUGGAAAGACCACGGACAACACUUCGGAGAGCCCUAUGUCCACAGAACAGAACAGUGCGACUGUCUCUGGGGACCCCUCAGCUGCCCCAGGAUUGGUCCUCAAUGCCAACAUCGGAGAGACUAAUAUUGCUACAACUGGAAAGACCACGGAUCCCACCACUAGAUCUGUGGAUCCAGGUCUGACUCCAGCUAUUUGUCCAGGAGAGGUGCCUGAUGCUGCCACAUUUGGAGAAAGUGUUGACACCACUGCAGAAACUCAUGGACACAACUUGGCUGCCCGGGAAGUGUCUCUUAUUGAUGCCCCAAGAGAAGUUCCCAAAGCUGGAAAUGCCACUGAAGCCACCCAAAGGGAGACCCCCAUGGUCAUAUGUGAAACCACCACAGUUACUCACAGGAAAAUCUCACCCGCGGUCCCUGGGAAGAGCCCCACCUCUGCCACCUCUGGAGUAUUCCCUUCCAUCGCUCUUGGUGAGAUUCCAUCCGCUGUCUCUGAAGAUGCUCCCAUGGACUCUAAAGGGAGCCCUUCUGCUGCACCUACAGAGAACACUCCCAUUGCUGCCCCUACCUGCAAAAAGGCUCCUGUGGUUGCCCCCAGAGGGGUUACCUCUGCUUCCCAAGGAAAAUCCAGCAUUAUCAAGCCCGUGGCCCUUCUGCCAUAUUGGUCCACCCUGCUCAUCAGCAUGCUGGUCAUCCUGGUAUUGGCUGUUGGAUUUUGCAUGGUCAUCUAUUAUGCAACGUUCUUCAUCAUGGUCACCUACUCAACAUUGUAA